AUGAGGAGUAUCGCAAGGCAGUUUAUACAAGUUGAGGUCAGGAAUGGAAGGCACACUUCAUUCUGGUAUGAAGCAUGGUCUCAGAUUGGGUGUCUUAAGGAGGUGGUAGGUGAUCGUGGCAUCAUAGCUCUGGGCAUAGCAAACGAUGCUACAAUGGCAGAUUUUAUAUCAAAUCAUCGAAGGCAGAGGCACAUACAGAGUAUUCUCAAUGAUAUAGAAGAUGAGAUCGAUAAGCUGCGUGCGGGAGGUUUAGAAGAUACAAAUGACGUUCAGCUUUGGAAGUGGGGAGAAGGGAAGUUCGUGAGUAAGUUUUCUUCUAAGAAGACUUGGCAACAGCUGCGGAGUGGGCAUCAAACCUGUACCUGGAGUAAAGGAAUAUGGUUCCCUCAGUCUACUCCAAAGUUAUCUUUCAUGUUAUGGAUUGCGAUGAGAAAUAGACUACAAACGGGAGAUAAAAUGCAAGCUUGGAAUGUCUCUGUGAACACAUACUGUGAUUCUAUUGGGGAAAUGGUUUCUGGUAGGAGUUACCCUCCAACAGAAAUGUUUCUUAUCCGAUACUCUCUUCAAGUUGCAGUUCAUAGUAUCUGGAGAAAGCGAAACGUUAGAAGAUAUGGAGAAGAGCCAAAAGCGGUUGUCCUUCUGAGUAAGCUUAUCGACAAAACGAUAAGGCUUCAUCUUCUUGCUGUCAAAGCCACGGGUCAUGCGUAUUUGGAAAGGAGUUUACGCACCUGGUUUGGAAUAAGGCAAGCUCUAAAUCUAACAUAG